GUCACUGAUGAUGCUGACUACGAUGACGGCGAAACGUUUGAGAAUGUAUCAAGUACACUGUCAGAUGCUGGGAAUCUAGGACUAGCACUUCUCUUUAGCGCCACGUUUAAGAAGCGUGUUGAACGUCUAGCCCGCGACAUUCUCACCGAUCCCAUUCGAAUUAUCCAAGGAGAAUUGGGAGAGGCAAAUGAAGACAUUACGCAAAUUGUGGAAAUUUUUUCAUCUUUGGACGAUAAAUUCGCUUGGAUAUUCAAGCACUUGGUGCAGCUGACUACAGAAAUCGAAAACAUUGUUGGUGGCUACUCAUUUAUUUUGUUUUUUCUAGAGGGCAGUGUUCUUAUCUUCGUAACCCGUAAGACGCACAGUGAAGAAGUCGCCCAACGACUCAAGGCCAGGGAUUUUAAAGUUCUUCUCAUCCAUGGUGAUAUGCAUCAAUCUGAUAGAAACACUGUUAUACAGGCGUUCAAGCGUCAGGAGGCGCCAAUCCUAGUAGCUACUGAUGUGGCAUGUAAGUCGCUUCACUGA